GAAUUGGUCCUUUCAAUUAAAGCGCUCAGUGUUACUAUAAUUCUUUUUCGUUUUCUUUCUAAAAUGGCCACAACAAUUUGCAUUCGAGAUGCCAAAACAGUGGGCCGAAUUCGUGAGCCAGGUACCUACACCUUCACUGAAGCUUUGGCUCUAACAAAUUUUGGAAAAUUCAACUAUGUUUUGAUUUUCAUCUCCGGCUUGGUAACGGGCACACUGGUGCUGGAGACGACUUCAAUAGGCUUUGUGCUGCCCAUAGCUCAAUGCGAAUUGCAAUUGACCAAUCGUGACAAGGGUAUACUCAGCGCAAUCAAUUUUGUGGGCAUAAUCGCUAGUUCACAUUUGUGGGGAUUUUUUGCUGAUACCAAGGGACGUCGGCAGGUUUUAUGGUCCACUUUGCUGGCAGCUUUUGUGUCUACUGUUUUCUCCAGUUUUGCACACAAUUUUUGGACGAUGGUUUUACUGCGUUUUGUCAAUGGAUUCUUUGUGUCCAGCACUGCUAUCAUUUACGCUUACCUUGGCGAAUUCCAUGCACCCAAAACACGUUCCCGCGCAAUUAUGUGCUCAGCAGUCAUAUUUUCCGUUGUUGCGAUGCUUCUGCCGAUGAUCGCUUACUUGGUGAUAAAUCAAGACUGGGUUUUGCCUUUAACAUUUCUACACAUAAACUAUAGACCUUGGCGGGUCUUUUUAAUCGUAUGUGGUGUUCCCGGAUUACUUUGCAGUAUUAUAAUUUAUAUUUUGCCCGAAAGUCCAAAGUUUUUGCUGACAGUCGGCGAGGAGAGCAAAGCCAUACAGGUGUUGCAAAAAAUGCACCGCUGGAAUAAUGGCAAGCAAACACUUAGAAUUACAAAUAUUCUCUCAGAUGAUGACACUUCGAUCAUAACACCGAAAUUUAACAACUGCGAUUCGAAUACGAAUUUCGCACUCGUAUUUUUGCAAACGAUGUGGAGUCAAACUGCGCCACUGUUCCAACGGAAAUAUUUGCAAAUUACGGUAAUAAUUUGUAAUAUUCAAUUUUGGGCAUUAGUCGCUGCCAACGGCUUAUAUAUGUGGUUCCCGCAAACAAUCAAUAGUGUGGUGACAUUCAUACAGGAACACUCAGGCGAGCACAAACUAAUUUGUGAAAUUGUCUAUGACCAGCAAGACGCGUUAUACAAAACAGAUGGAACGAUUGAGUGCGUGACUAAACUGGAGACCCCCACAUUCUAUUACUCGCUUAUUAUGGAAAUACUUUACGCCAGCUCAUUCGCAUUAGUAGGCUUUAUCAUAAAUCGUGUCGCAAAAAUAUUGAUUCUUUUUAUUACCAUAAUAUUAUUCACAUCCUGCGGUUUAGCUUCUGUCUUCAUAGUCAAUCCAGUUAUUGCCGCCUACCUGUAUGUGCUUUUUUUCGUCGUAGGCGUGGCAAUCAUUGUGCUGAAUGCUAUUACAAUAGAUCUGUAUCCAACACACUUGCGCGCCAUGGCUGCAUGCAUAUCACUUAUGGUGGGUCGUGUUGGAAGUAUUGUCGGGGCCAACGUUGCUGGAGCUUUGAUGGGUCAGCAUUGCGAAUGGAAUUUCUAUAUCUGCUGUGGAGCUCUGUUCAGUUGCGCUUUUCUUGCUUUGCUGCUACCACGUAAAAACAUUCAUGGUGAAUCGUAAACAGAAUAUAAAUUUUGAAAACUUUAGGCAAACUCUUAGUGAAAUUUUAGUAAACACAUCUUAACUAUUAAAUGUAUAUUAAA